AUCAAGUGGUCGCUUAUCUAUUGUGCUCACAGCUUGAUCAAACUGAUCCCAGAGCAGCCGGGGAUCGAGUUUCAGCACCGCGGUCAGCUCCGAGCCGUGCCUCUUCCUCCCCAGCCUCCAGGCAUCAGAGCACCAACACAUCAACGUUUCCUCCUGUUUUCUCUCUUUGCGACCCCUCCCCCUGUAUAUCUGCUCUUAUGAUAAAUCCCUCCUAUGUGCUACUGACUGGCAGAGUUGUAACAUCGGAAAUCACGCAAGCAACUCGACUCUACAACACUUUCAUUUUUCCUGCUGAGAUUGACUCGUCUGACGGCAGUUUUUUUUUUCUUGAGAAGCAACAGUCUGAGGCGCUCAUCAGUCACAUUUUGCGUCUCCACAGCGGCUUCUCCACAGUGGAUAUUUCCUUCUGUGGCUGACACUGAAGCUGAUCGGCAUCUUUUUUUUCUACUUUUACAGUUUUACCUUCCCAGCAGGUAUAGUCUCCAUCCAAGCCCCAGCAGCAUGUUGGAUCCGUCUUCCAGCGAGGAGGAAGGGGAUGAGAUACUGGAGGUAGAGCGCAAAGAGGUGGCGGCCCCGAAGAUCACCGGAGGAGCCCGGCUGUCACCGGGCCGAGGGGCCGACGGCCACGGUGGCGGAGGGCUCCAGCCCCGGGGCCGCGGUACCGGCGGUGGCCGACCCUCCAGCCCCAGCCCGUCGGUGGGCAGCGACAAGGAGAAAGAAGACCUGGAGAAGAUGCAGAGGGAGGAGGAGGAGAGGAAAAAGAGACUCCAGCUGUAUGUGUUUGUGAUGCGCUGCAUCGCCUAUCCGUUCAACGCAAAGCAACCUACUGAUAUGGCCAGGAGGCAGCAGAAGAUCAGUAAGCAGCAGCUGCAGACAGUCAAAGAGCGUUUCCAGCAGUUCCUCAAUGGAGAAACACAGAUUGUGGCAGAUGAGGCCUUCAUCAACGCCGUCCAGAGCUACUAUGAGGUCUUCCUAAAAAGUGACCGUGUGUCUCGGAUGGUCCAGAGCGGUGGCUGCUCAGCCAGCGACUCUCGGGAGGUUUUUAAGAAGCACAUAGAGAAGCGGGUGCGCAGCCUGCCUGAGAUCGACGGCCUGAGCAAAGAAACGGUGUUGAGCUCGUGGAUUGCCAAGUUUGACACCAUCUAUCGUGGUGAAGAGGACCCCAGGAAACACCAGCAGAGAAUGACAGCCAGCGCCGCCUCCGAGCUCAUCCUCAGCAAAGACCAGCUCUAUGAGAUGUUUCAGCAGAUCCUGGGGAUCAAGAAGUUUGAGCACCAGCUCCUCUAUAAUGCCUGCCAGCUGGACAACCCUGAUGAACAGGCAGCCCAGAUCAGAAGAGAGCUGGACGGACGACUUCAAAUGGCUGACCAAAUCACCAGGCUGGGUGGAAGGUUCCCCAGGUUUGCCUCAAGAGAGAUGGAGGCCAUGUACAUCGAGGAGCUGCGAUCUUCUGUCAACCUGCUGAUGGCCAACUUGGAGAGCAUGCCAGUGUCCAAGGGAGGAGAGUUCAAGCUGCAGAAGCUGAAACGAGGCCACAACACCUCCAUCAUGGACAUGGGCCAGGAGGAUGAGAACACCCUGUCCAAAUCUGACGUGGUGCUGUCCUUUACCUUGGAGGUGGUGAUCAUGGAGGUCCAUGGUCUGAAGUCGUUGGCUCCAAACAGGAUUGUUUACUGCACUAUGGAGGUGGAGGGAGGACACAAGCUGCAGACGGACCAGGCGGAGGCAUCAAAACCCACUUGGGGUACCCAGGGGGACUUCACCACCACCCAGCCUUUACCUGCUGUGAAGGUGAAGCUGUUCACUGAGAGCACAGGAGUGCUGGCUCUGGAGGAUAAGGAGCUGGGGAGGGUCGUGCUCCACCCGACUCCCAACAGUCCCAAACAGUCUGAGCUCCACAAGAUGACAGUGUCUAAAGGCUGCCCAGACAGUGACCUCAAGAUCAAACUGGCCAUUCGCAUGGACAAACCACAGAACAUGAAGCAUUGUGGGUACUUGUGGGCUAUUGGCAAAAAUGUGUGGAAAAGAUGGAAGAAGCGAUUUUUUGUGCUAGUUCAGGUGAGUCAGUAUACCUUCGCCAUGUGCAGCUACAGAGAGAAGAAGGCGGAGCCUGUGGAGCUCCUCCAACUGGAUGGCUACACUGUGGACUACACUGACCCCCAGCCAGGCCUAGACGGUGGUCGGACAUUCUUCAACGCUGUGAAAGAGGGCGACACUGUGAUCUUUGCCAGUGAUGAUGAGCAGGACCGGAUUCUAUGGGUGCAGGCUAUGUACCGGGCCACCGGCCAGUCACACAAGCCAGUUCCUCCAACCCAAGUCCAAAAACUCAACUCUAGGGGGGGCACAGCACCACAGCUUGAUGCACCGAUAUCUCAGUUCUAUGCUGAUAGAGCCCAGAAGCAUGGCAUGGACGAGUUUAUUUCAGCCAACCCCUGUAACUUCGACCACGCCUCGCUGUUUGAGCUAGUACAGCGUCUCACCCUGGACCACAGACUCAAUGACUCCUACUCCUGCCUGGGCUGGUUCAGUCCCGGUCAGGUGUUUGUCUUGGAUGAGUACUGCGCUCGCUACGGUGUUCGGGGCUGUCAUCGGCAUUUAUGUUACCUGAGCGAUCUGCUAGAGAGGGCAGAGAAUGGAGCCAUGAUCGACCCCACCCUGCUGCACUAUAGCUUCGCCUUCUGUGCCUCCCAUGUCCAUGGAAACAGGCCUGACGGUAUUGGCACUGUAACCGUGGAGGAGAAGGAGCGCUUCGAGGAGAUCAAGGAGAGGCUCCGGGUGCUGCUGGAAAACCAGAUUACACACUUCAGGUACUGCUUUCCUUUUGGACGGCCAGAGGGAGCACUGAAAGCAACUCUGUCCUUACUUGAAAGGGUUCUAAUGAAAGAUAUUGUCACCCCAGUCCCACAAGAGGAAGUCAAGGCUGUGAUCCGUAAGUGUCUGGAGCAAGCAGCUCUGGUCAACUACCAACGCCUGUCAGAGUAUGCCAAAUUGGAAGGGAAAAAGAGAGAAAUGUAUGAGCAUCCUGUCUUCUGCUUGGCGUCCCAAGUGAUGGAUUUAACCAUUCAGAAUGUAGGGCGGUUAGUCACCCCUGCCAAAAAACUGGAGGACACCAUUCGCCUGGCAGAGCUGGUGAUUGAGGUGCUUCAGCAGAAUGAGGAACACCAUGCUGAGGCCUUUGCAUGGUGGUCAGACCUGAUGGUGGAACAUGCUGAGACGUUCCUGUGUCUCUACUCGGCUGACAUGGAUGCAGCUCUUGAAGUUCAGCCGCCGGACAGCUGGGACAGUUUCCCCCUCUUCCAGCUGCUCAACGACUUCCUGAGGAUAGACUAUAACCUGUGCAACGGGAAGUUCCACAAACACCUGCAGGACCUGUACGCCCCCCUGGUGGUGCGGUAUGUGGACCUGAUGGAGUCCUCUAUUGCUCAGUCCAUUCACAGAGGCUUUGAAAGGGAAUCCUGGGAGCCUGUCAAUAAUGGCUCAGGCACAUCAGAAGAUCUCUUCUGGAAGUUGGAUGCUCUGCAGACCUUCAUCAGAGAUCUCCACUGGCCAGAGGAAGAAUUUGGCAAACACCUGGAGACCCGGCUGAAGCUGAUGUCCAGUGACAUGAUUGAAUCAUGUAUAAAGCGGACACGGUUGGCAUUCGAGGUCAAGCUUCAGAAGAGCAGCCGGGCUACAGACUUCCGCGUGCCGCAGUCCAUCUGCACCAUGUUCAAUGUCAUGGUGGAUGCCAAGGCCCAGUCAGCCAAACUGUGUGCCAUGGACCUGGGGCAGGAGAGACAAUACCAUUCCCAAAUUGACAAUCUCAUUGAGGAGACGGUGAAGGAAAUGAUCACUCUUCUGGUAGCAAAGUUUGUGGUCAUUCUAGAGAGUGUGUUAGCCAAGCUCUCCAGAUACGACGAAGGAACACUCUUCUCUUCCUUCCUAUCUUUCACAGUGAAAGCUGCCUCAAAGUAUGUGGAUGUACCUAAGCCAGGGAUGGACGUGGCUGAUGGUUACGUGACUUUUGUUCGUCACUCCCAGGAUAUGCUGCGGGAGAAGGUCAACGAGGAGGUGUACAUAGAGAGAUUGUUUGAUCAAUGGUACACCAGUACUAUGAAUCUUAUAGGAACAUGGCUCACUGACCGUAUGGACCUGCAGCUCCAUGUCUAUCAGCUGAAGAUUCUCAUCAGGGUCAUCAAGAAAAAGUACCGUGACUUCCGCCUUCAAGGGGUGCUGGACUCCACAUUAAACAGUAAGAUGUAUGAAACCGUGAGAAAUCGGCUGACCUUGGAAGAAGCCACUGCCUCAGUGAGGGAAGGAGGGAUGCAAGGCAUUUCCAUGAAGGACAGCGAUGAAGAGGACAAUGAUAACUAGAUCAAAGGGCCUCAAAACUACAAGAAUGUCAAAUCGUUUCAGAGGGUGAGCGGUAUACUGCCUGAGAACCCAUGCAGCCUUUCCAUGAGGUCAAAACAGACUGGCCUAACGUUCAUCUUGUUUCCUCAAUUUCUUGCUUUGUUAGUUUUUGUUCCUGUAAUAGUUCCACGUUUCUGUCAGAAUUAAUACAUGAAGAAAAUGCAUUUCGUGUGUAUAAACACUUGCAAGACAUGAGUCUGUCCUAUCAAUGCUCUUCAUUUUGAAAUUGCCCACAUAGGCUUGUCAAGCUUUAAUUCUUCCAAAGUGAAAUUCAUAACAGCCAAGUACUAAAGGAUAGAACCUUAAAUCUAUCAAACACUGAUUGACUUCCCUUGAAAUGUGAGCAAAUGAGUUUCCAGAAUAUCUAAGAGGCCAAAAUGUGACAGAAGUGUUUGAAAUGAGUACAAAUGUGACCACGACUGCUUACUGGCCUUAUAAAUAUGAUAAAGAAAUGUAGGUGAUUGCAAUUAAUGUAUAUGGAGUUCAUCUCUUGAAGGCAUGAACUAUAUUAUGUUGUGCAACCCAAAAUUUCUACAGUCUUUGCUGUUGCUUGUCACUAAGAUUUCUCUUUCACAUUUUGAAAAGUACAUACAGUAUAGAGCACUCUUACUCUUACUUUAGGCAGUUCUGCUGGAAAGCAGCACAGUGAUUCAGACCACUAUGCUGUGGUUGCAAGUGAAAUAGUGAAAUUUAUACAGAAGUUUGGUUUUUUUAAGCCAUAUUGCUAUUAAGAAUUGGCACUAGAACUGUAUUUGUUGGUUUAAGAUCAAACUGAUCAGUCUAAGACAGUUAAAACUAAGAUAUUUUUCCCAAAUUACUCCUAAAUGUUCUCAAGCAAUAUGGAUGACUAUUUUGUUCCCAGGUUUAUGAACAAGGCUAUGAUUGUGUCUGUGAUGUGCUAAAAAAAUGUGCAGUGAGUGCAGCUACUGUAUGUUGUAAGGUUGCAUUGUUGUAAAGUGUAAUGGUUCUCAUAUUACUUUCUUUGUAAUGGGUCUGCAUCAUUUCUCAUCCAUAAAAAUCAUGUGCUGAUAUGAUGUGACAGUGAAUGCACAGUAAUGGUUUUUGU